AUGACGAACAACACCUCUAGCAACAGCAGCUGCUGCGAAAGCAGCAGCAGCAGCAGCAGCAACGCCGCCUGCAGCAGCCCCUCCCAAGCCACCCACUCCAGCAGCAGCAGCAGCAGCAGCAGCAGCAGCAGCAGCAGCAGCAGCAGCAGCAGCCCCUCCCAAUCCAGCCACUUCAACGGCACCAACAGCAGCAGCAGCAGCAGCAACCCCAUCUCUACCUCCACCCACUCCAGCAGCAACAGCAGCAGCAACGGCAGCAGCAACAGCAGCAGCAGCACCCCCACCCCCACGCACACCAGCAGCAGCAGCAGCAGCAGCAGCAGCAGCAGCAGCAGCAGCAGCAGCAGCAGCAGCAGCAGCAGCGUGGACGCAAAGCUUGUGGGGGAGUUGUGUGGCUUGUAUUUGCCUGCGAAUUAUGACUUUGAAGUUUUGAAAACAGCAAAAAGAUUAGCAGCAGCAGCAGCAACUCGUUUGCUGCUGCAGCUGCCCGAAGGCCUUCUCUCUUGGGGCUGCCAGCUAGCUGCUAUCUUCUACAGGACUGUUCCUUCUAUACAGCAAGUAAUAGUCUUGGGCGAAGUCUCUUACGGGGCCUGCUGCAUAGAUGACUUAAAGGCAGCAAACUUUGCUGCUGACUUUUUGCUGCACUACGGCCACUCCUGCCUGGUGCCGAUGCAGCAAACUACGGGAGAUGCUGCUGCUGCUGCUGCUGCUGCUGCUGCUGCUGCUGCUGCUGCUGCGCCUGACUUUAAAGAAGCAACUCGAAGCAGCAAAUUAUUUCCUGCAGCCGCCGCUGCUGCCGCAGCUGCUGCCGCUCACAGCAGGGGAAGUCCUUGGCUGCACAGCGCCCAAGCUGAAGCCCACAGCAGCAGCAGCAGCAGCAGCAGCAGCAGCAGCCUCCCCGACAGCUCCAUAGAAGCUCUAGUACCCUCCCCCUGCAGACGUGGGGGGCCCCCGGGGGGCCCCGAAAUUGAUACUGUUGUUUUUGUUGCUGAUGGGCGUUUUCAUCUUGAAGCUUCUAUGAUUCAAAACCCUGGAAUUAGAUUUCUUAGAUAUGACCCUUUCACCAAGCGGCUGUUCAGGGAGUCCUACGACCACUUGCUGCUGCACCGGCAGCGGCAGCAGGCAGUUGCUGCUGCUGCUGCAGCAGCAAAAGUGUGUUUGCUGCUGUCUUCUUUGGGCCGCCAGGGCUCAGUGGGACUUUUUGAAGAUUUAAUUUUUAUUUUAAAUAAAAAAAAUAUUUCUUUUAUUCCCCUCGUGAUGGCGGAGUUCUCUCCCGCCAAACUCCAAACCCUCGCGCCCCUCGUCGACGCCUUCAUCCAGGUGGCAUGUCCUCGCUUAUCGCUAGAUUGGGGUUUAGGGUGGGAUGUCCUCGCUUAUCGCUAG